AUGUCAAAUCGCCAACGGUGUGAUAAUCAAAAACUAUCUGAUAAAAAAGAUAUUCCUGUUGCUUAUGUUAUAGGAAUUUCACGUUCGUCCUCUCAUGUGAUCACUUCACCACCAGAUUCUAGACGUCAUGUACCAGUAGCAAUUGUACGAGGAGUUCCACGUGCACCCAAUCAGAUUACAGAUGGCCCAUCUACUGCAACCUACAGCGUUCCAGUCGCUCGUGUUACAGGAGUUCCUCGUGUUACGAAUCGCGAGACUGCAUUACCCGCUGGUCAGCAAGUGCAUCCGACUUAUCCAACAAUUCGUCCCUUGAUUUUCUUAAACAAUGAUCUCACUAUUGGCUCGCGAUCAUACGUGGACUACGGACAGUUUUACCCACCACGAAUCGUUGAGCAAGGAGAAUAUAGAUCUCCACUGCAAAGCUAA